GGCACUGUCUCCCUUCUGUUGGGUCUCCAUCUGUAGCCCAAGAGGUUUUGGGCGGGGGGGCUGUUAGCUCCAGUUGCUCUCUGGGUCUCUCUGUGUGGCUGAAGCAUGUCUUGCAGCUGGCUGUGAUGAGCAAGACCCUACGCAAAAGCAAGUGUUCACACUGUCUCCUUUGGCUCAUGUGGGAGGAAGACUCCAGGGUCUGCUUACCCUUGUUUGGGACUCCUAAAUUGUGUGGAAUAAUUCUGUUGUGGGAUGAAGAGUGCGUUAGAUGGAUGAGACAUAGCAGUUCUUCAGGGCAAGUCCUGGAGGAUAAGUGGAUUAUCUGGGCACUGGUGGGUUUGCUUUACUCCAGCACAAAUACACAUCUCCCUUCCAGCUCCCUGGCUGCUGCUCUCGAGGGCGCAUCGUCCUGGUGUGCUUCAGAGUUCAGAGGUCAGUGUGGCAGUUGGGAUAAUCCCUGAGCUCCAUUGGUGAAACAUCGUGCCCCCAACCUGGGUAUCAAGCAGUGGGUUUCAGGAUUGUAUUCCCUCUCCACUUAAUAACAUUCAGGCUUCCUCAGUCCUGCUUUCUGGCUAGGUUUUGUUCAUCAGGAGGAAUAUGCUGGGGAAAUCUGGCUUAUACUAAAAAUUUGCUUUCUGAGAAGCAAAGAAUGAGUUUCCACAGUGCAUGGAGUCUUUCCCCUCCUCUGCUGUGUCUAUCCCAGCCCAGGGGCACUGUGGCAGCUAGAACUGAGGACACCGAAGUGCCACACAUAAAACACCGGAGCAACCCUGGCUGUGGAUCCGGGUGCACAAGAGACUUGUGGAACACCAAAAACAACCUCUAUUUAACACUGAACCUUGUUUUUUAGUGCCCAAAGGCCCAGAAGUCCCACACUGUGGCCAUCCUUCGUGAAGCUGCAGGCAGUGGAGCACAGUGCUCGCUUCCUCCUUGUGCACAUUUACUUUUUUUCCUCUAUGGGUGAGAGCACAUGUUCUUGUUUCCCCGUGGCACUUUACUCCAGGCUGGUGGUGGUGUGGCACUAAGAGCUGGUUGGCGUGUUCUGUUGUGAAGCUUAAAAUGUUCCUUGUGCUGCAGGGACUCUGGCAAUAACUAAAUAACCCCUGAUCCAUGAACGUGUGGAAUAUUACUCCAGGUAAAGCCAAGAAAAAUGAACAGCAGCUAAUCCUGAAUCACAGCAGGCAGGGCAGGGAAAUCCAUGGCCAAAUGUGUGAGGAUCCCCACCAGACCCUGGUAGGACCCGUGGCUGGAUCUGUUGUUGUUUGAGGUUGGGCGGGACAUGGCACUGGCCUCGUCAUCACUGUGCCCAGCAUAGGAUGUGGCUGGGGACAUCCCUGGGAGCCACUCCUGGGACCCACAUGUCGAGGACAUGAGACACACAAUCUUGCUGAACCACAGCUUGUUUAACCCCAGGCCGAGGUCUCUGCUGCUUGCUGAGUGCUCCUGCACCAGGUCCUGGUGGGUUUUCCCUUGCAGAAAACACCUCCUGGGAACUUCUCCACGUUCCCCCAAAGGCUGCUCAGCUCGUGCCCUUGCUCAGCUCUUGCUCAGCUGAUGUGCCACUGAAUAAAUCAAACCAGACCACAAGUGCCUGAGCUCGAUCCAAAACCCAAAUGCCCUGGGAGGGUGAAGGGGAACAAGUUGGGUGCAGGUUGUGUGGACGUCCCUGGAGGAUACCUCUCCUGUAUGUGCUGCAGGUGCAGAGCCCCAGGGCUGCGUUACACAGCUUCUCUUAUGUAGUUUAGUUUUAUUUUUCAGGAAAGAAAACCGAGCACAGGGAAUCAUCUGGAAAGGUGGGCGGCUGCGGGGGCAGCGUCUGUCGGGCACGGGGGCCUGGGCUGUUCCACGGCACGUCCCGCUCUGUGCUUUGUGGCUGACCAUGGGACGUCUGGGCGCCCUGUGGCUGCGACAGGAAUGAAGAUUAUGUGAAUGGGCUGUAAGAACCGGAUGAGAUGGAUGGAGAUCUGCCCUGUUCUGAGGUGGAUGGAGAAGUGUCCUCUGCCAUGGAGGAUCUGGGAGGACAGAUGCCCUGUGUGGAGAGUGAUACGGAAGGAGACGUGUCCAGUGCUGAGAGUGAUGCAGAAGGAGGGAUGGCCUGUGCUGAGACCAACGCAGAAGAAGAGGCACCAUGUGUUGAGAACAGUGUAGAAGGAGAGCUGCGUGGCACUGACAGUGAUGAGGAAGGGGAAAUGCCCGGUGCCAAGAGUGAUGCAAAAGGAGAGGCAUCUUGCUAUGAGAGUGACGGGGAAGAAUUACCGGAUACUGAAAUCCCUGCUGCUUCAAAGAAAAUAUCUUCUAUUUCUUCUUCCUUGCGGGCAAUCAUCCGCCUGAGACGACAAUACCGGGUGCAAAAGAAAAGUCGUCUGCAUUUUGAGCUCCCUCGAGAAAAGUCUUCAGAGCUUGUGCAUGCGAGGGUGCUUCAGAGGCAGCUUUCACUGAACCGCGCUAGCCUGUAUGGCCCCUCUAUGUCUUUCUUUAAUCAGACCAGCUUUGAAACUUCCCAGUACUUCACCUUUGAUACAUCUGUGGAGCAGUAUGCUAUGAAAAAAUGCAGGCGGAAAAAGAAUCGAAGGAAAUCUAGGAUAGUCCUGUAUCCAGAUAAAACAAAAAGAUACCUUCCAACAGAGGAGAAGAGCAAGGCAAAACGCUGCCUUCUCUUGCUCAUUGUCAUUAUCUUCUUCCAGAUUCUCAAUGCAAUAGAGAACCUGGAUGAUAACCUCCAAAAAUAUGACCUAGAUGGUUUGGAGAAAACAAUGCACCGGGAAGUAUUUGGCCAGAAGCUUGCUGUGGAAAGUAUUAUGGAAUUACUGAAAGACUAUCUGGCUACCCAUAUACACAACAAGCCUCUAGUAAUCUCUUUAAAUGGCCCAACAGGAGUUGGGAAGAGUCAUGUUGGCUGGCUGCUGGCCAAACAUUUUCUUUCUGUCAUGGACAAUGACUUUGUGCUUCAGUACUUUGUUAUGCAUCACUGCCCUAACGGGGUGGCUCCUCUUACUUGUGAAACAGAUUUGUCUAAGAAGAUUUCUGACAUGGUUACAAGAGCUGAAAUGGAAGAGAAGAUACCCUUGUUUAUUCUGGAUGAGGUUGAACUCAUGUCUCCAGUCCUGCUGGAUACUCUCAGCCGAUUCUUUGAACCCAAUCAAACCAAUGAGUUCCUCAAUGCCAUCUACAUUUUAAUAAGCAACAUAGGAGGUGGUGAAAUAACAAAGUUUGUUAUCCAAAAUGCAUCUGCUGAGCUUCUGCAACAGCAAAGGGGAGCUGAAGAACUGCUGAGCAUCAUCCAGCCUGUACUGAUUGAUGCCCACCCUCUCUGGAAAUAUGCAGACAUCGUCCCAUUUGUUCUUCUAGAGAAGAGUCACGUCAUAAACUGCUUCCUAGAGGAGAUGAGGGGAGAAGGGCUGUAUCCCGACCAGAAGCAUAUUGAAAAUUUAGCAAGUCAACUCAGUUACUACACUACAGGGGACAAGCAGUACUCCAAGAUGGGCUGCAAGCAGGUUGUGGCCAAAGUCAACCUGUUGUAGUGAUUUUCUGCAGAGGCUAAUUCCUGCUCUCAGGAUUUACAAAAUUCUGGGCUUAUGGAGGAGUGCGUUACAGCAGGCUGUGGUCAAGGCGUCCCUUCUCAGGCCUGCACUGACUCUGUCCUUGUCAAGGUAGAGGGACAGCAGCCUGGGCUCCUCUGCAACAUGGUCUCUGUUCUCCUCCAGAUGCUUCACUUGUUCCUAAUGUUCUGUGAAUAAGGUGGGGAACGAAGCUCAGGCAACCUCCCAUUAACUGUGAGAUGCUUUGUUCCUCGCGUGCUACUUUGUCAUUAAGGAGUUGCGAGACGCUCCUAUAAACAGGAAUAGGAAAUGGUAACUGGGUUAACUGUCCCUGCAGUACACGUUGCUGUGUCUCACUCCUUCUCCAAGCUCACAGUCUUCAGCUCUUUGCUUUUCUUGGUCCAGGCUGGUGGUGUGCAGAGCAGAGGCCAUACUGGACACUGGAAGAAUUGAGAUAAUUUGUGACUUCUCAUCCCCCAAAUGCGUGGGCAGUCAGAGCUAGAGCUAGUCUCCUACGUGACUGCACACUCCAGAGACAGCUUUUUGGACCCAUUCCUGAGUUCUUGCUUUUCUGAGCUCAUACCUGAGCUCACCUUUGGCACCUCCAGCGAGAUUUCUGCUGUGCAAGUCUGUUUGGGCUUGUCUUGAAGACUGCCUGUCUGUGCCAGCUGGUGCAGAAAUAACCAUUGGAUUGUUUCAGGUCUGGUGGUGGCAACUCUUCCUGAGGGCUCUUCUGCUUUUUGCUUCUGGGUACACUUCACCAUGCUCAUUAUCUAGAAAGCCCAAAAUAGCAACUGACAUAUAUUAAGCAACACACACUGGAAAAGACAGUUUGGGCUGUCUGGGCUGAGUGCAGUGGGAAUCCUGGGCUUGUUCCCAGUCCUGCAAGGCCAAGAAGAGGCUCUUUGCCACUGCGACCCCAGGGAGAGCAUGCUGCCUGGGAGCACCUCAGGAAAAGCACGCGCCCUUGUUUUGAGCAGGCAAACUGAGCAGGUAUUUAUAACAUUGCUUUUUCAGGUUUUGGUUUUGUGCCUAAAUGCCCUUCUACAAUUUGCUGUGAAUUAUCAGACACAUAAUCCUGUGGAUGUUUGCACUGGUUGUUUGAUUUGCCUCUUUCUAAUUGUUUGUCUCCAAAGACUUCCAUCACAAUCUCCUCCUUCCAGAGCUAUUGUCAGGAAUAAAUCCAAACUAUCCUGAAUAAAAGAAUUCAAAGUA